AUGGGUCAACGUUUUAGUGGUCUUGUAGACCACGUGAAUCCGUUUGGGGCCAAUAAUCCGUCCCCAGACGUGUCGACCGAGCUGAGAAGACGGGUGAACGUUAAAUCGGAGACGAAUCCGGAGCAUUUCUACUUUGGAACCAACUUUCUGCUUGGAGGAAAAAGAUUCGAGGUAGCGAAGCCAGAGGCGUUUUUGUUUGGACACAAUGCCGACCUUGAUCUGCUCGGGUCUCCCGUAAAGGUAAUGAGAUAGUUGUGUUAUAAACUUCCUUUUAGUUCCCAUAUGGUGGAGUUUCGGAAACAGUGGGGGCUCUCAACGCAUUAGUCAAUAUACGAAAGGACUCCAUAAAAAUCGUAAAGUAAGUCUUGCGAUUCAUUUUUUGUAUUGUUUAGGCAACAAGACGAAGAAGAAUAUCAGUUAGAAUUCCUGUUCGAUACCGAUGUGGACUGCUACAUACAAGUACAUUAUUGUGCGCGGGAGAUUAUUGACAAUAAUACUUUGAAAUUUGAUGUUAGACUUCCUGAUAUGAAGCCUUCAGAAAAGUACCAUUUUAAAGUUGGUGCAAAUCAAUCUUUUAAACAUUUGAAGAUAAACGACAAACAGUUGGAUCCGCAGAAGGUAAAUGUUGCUUAAUGUUUCCAACAAUAAUUUUUUAAUUUUAUGUAAAUAUUAAACGUAUGUUAUUCCAGAUUAACUACAACGGUGGCUUUUGGUACCCUGUAAUGAUAGAAAUCAAAACUGAUGAUCCUGAGUGUGGCUUUAAGGAACAGUUCCAAAUAACAAUGUGUAUAUUUGAAAAGAGUUCAAAUUCAGGAUGUCCGUAUAUUCUGAAGCCUCUGAAACAAAAGCUGAUAACGGACGGGGUAGUUUACAUAAUGCAAGAAGUGUUUGGAAUCGAGAACCGGGAAACUGACAGAGACCGAGCAUUCGAAUGUGUUGUUUGUAGGGAUAAUUUGAGUGAUACCUUAUUGUUGCCAUGUAGACAUCUGUGUAUAUGCAACCAAUGUGAUUCUGAUUUCCUUUGUAACGUAAGUUAAUCUUUUCCUUAUGACAUAAGUCGAAAUAUACGAUUACUUUGUUAUAAACUAAUUAUUGUUACUUUAGGUAAAGGAAUGUCCAAUAUGUAGAACCCCAGUCAAAGCCCUUCUUACUUUAAAUGCUGUGAAGUCGAUUGAAAUGGGAGCUAAGGGACAAAACUCAGCGUAAGUUACUACACAACUCACGGUAAUAUAAUUGUUUUAGCGUAGAGUUCGUCGACUUAACUGAAGCACUGAAUGGGCCAUUCACCUUCUCUCGAGUCGGUUCUCAGCGGUCGGUGAUGUCAAAAAGAUCUAGUGUACGAUCGAAGAAGAGCAGCGUGAUACCACCUUAUUCCUCUAGUCAUCCUCACGUCUUUACUCAGCAUAUCUCCGAAGAACAGUCGAAUGAGUCCAUAGAAUUAGAAGAUAUUCGGAUAAGCACGCCUUAA